AUGGAAGCAGUGGGGGUUCUCAAACCCGAAGGGAGCCUGGUGGCCCUGGCGCUGACUGUGGUGCUCCUGGGGCUGCUGAAGUGGUACUCCACGUCAGCGUUUUCCAGCCUGGAGAAAGUGGGCAUCCACCACCCCAAGCCUUCUCCUUUCAUUGGGAACUUGACGUUUUUCCGCCAGGGUUUUUGGGAAAGCCACCUGGAGCUCCGGAAACUCUAUGGACCUGUGUGUGGGUAUUAUCUCGGCCGCCGGAUGUAUAUUGUUAUCUCUGAGCCAGACAUGAUCAAGCAGGUGUUGGUUGAGAACGUCAGUAACUUUACCAACAGAAUGGCAUCAGGUUUGGAGUCCAAGCCAGUGGCCAACAGCAUCCUGUUUUUACGAGAUAAGAGAUGGAAAGAGGUCAGGAGUGUCCUGACUUCCGCCUUCCAUCCAGAGAAGCUGAAUGAGAUGAUCCCCCUAAUCAGCGAGGCCUGCGACCUACUCCUGGCUCAUUUAAAGCUCUACGCGGAAUCUGGGGACGCCUUCGACAUCCAGAGGUGCUACUGCUUCUACACCACCGACGUGGUUGCCAGCUUGGCCUUCGGCACCCAGGUGGACUCCCGGAAGUCCCCCGACCACCCCGUUGUAAAGUAUUGCCAGCGCUUCUUUACAUUCUCCAUCCCCAGCUCCAUCUUGGUCUUGAUCUUAUCAUUUCCAUCCAUAAUGGUCCCACUGGCCCGGAUUUUGCCCAAUAAGAACCGAGAUGAACUGAAUGGCUUUUUUAACAAACUCAUUAGGAAUGAGAUUGCCUUGCGGGACCGGCAAGCUGCAGAAGAGAGGCGGAGAGACUUCCUCCAGAUGGUGCUGGAUGCCCAACAUUCCGCCUCCACCCUGGGCUUGGAGAACUUUGACAUCGUCAGACAAGUGUUCUCCUCUCCCGAGUGCCCAGAAGAAACUCCUUCCCAGCAACGUCAGCCCCGACGCCUGUCCAAGCCCUUGACUGUGGAUGAGAUCGUGGGCCAGGCCUUCAUCUUCCUCAUCGCUGGCUAUGAGAUCGUCACUAACACACUCUCUUUUGCCACCUACCUGCUGGCCACCAACCCUGAGUGCCAAGAGAAGCUUCUGAGUGAGGUGGACCGCUUCAACAGGGACCACCCGGCCCCCGAGUACUGCAGCCUGCAGGAAGGCCUGCCCUACCUGGACAUGGUGAUUGCAGAGACGCUGAGGAUGUACCCACCGGCUUUCAGGUUCACACGGGAGGCGACACGGGACUGUGAGGUGCUGGGGCAGCGCAUCCCCGCGGGCGCCGUGGUGGAGACGGCGGUGGGCGCCCUGCACCACGACCCUGAGCACUGGCCCCGCCCCGAGGUCUUCGACCCGGAGAGGUUCACGGCCGAGGCCCAGCAGCAGCGGAGGCCCUUCACGUACCUGCCGUUCGGGGCGGGCCCCCGGAGCUGCCUUGGGGUGAGGCUGGGGCUGCUGGAGGUCAAGCUGACGCUGCUCCAGGUCCUGUGCAAGUUCCGCUUUGAAGCCUGCUCUGAGACUCAGGUACCACUGCAGCUAGAAUCCAAAUCCGCCCUACGUCCAAAAAAUGGCGUCUACAUCAAGAUUGUCUCCCGCUAACACAAUGUUGCCAGGGCACCCCCAAAUUCAAAGAAAACACUUAGGUGGAAAUUCAGGAUUUUAGAAAAAGCAUCACAAGUGACAGGAGGCCUGGCAGUGGACCGUCUCCUAAAGGCUCAAAAACUUGCUGCACUGGCCAGGCUUCCGCAACAGGGUCUGGGCCCUGGAGAGCUGCAGUGAGGGCCGCUGACGCCAGUGGCAAAUGCUUUCAAGAAAGACUGGAAGCACCUGCACAGGCAGCUCUGGGGCAUGUGAGGCCCCCAGAGGCUCACCUCAGUGGUGGUUCAAAACUUUU